AUGCACCCUCCCCUGUCUGAAGAACCCCUGCUGUGGUGUUUGUUGUUGGAGGAAGGGGUUAUGGCUAUGGUUGUUGACAUAUUUUCCCAUUAUGUAGUAGGACCUGUUAUUCCAAUUUGCAAGGCUGAGUUGAGGCCUUAUGAAGGUCAAAAAUUUUCUUCACUUGAGGAGGGAAUUUCCUUUUAUGAAAAGUAUGCUCAAGAGGCUUGUUUUGAUUUUCGAAGAUUUGGAAAUAGGUCUAGUGGUGGUGUUAUUACUUUUCAGUAUGUUGUCUGCAACAGACAAGGUUUUCAUACAGUUGAUCCGUUGGAUGUCGAUGUAAUUAUAUCUGAUGAUGUGAACGUGUCAGAUGACGAUGAAGUAACUUCAAAGAAAAAACGCAGACGUGUCACAAAAAGGUGUGGAUGUGGAGCAAGGAUCAGUUUCAAGUUUUUUUCUGAUUGUGGUGUUAAAUAUUAUCUUGUGCAUCAAUUCAUUGAGGAACACAAUCAUGCUAUGGUUGACAAAGAUCAUAAGCGAUUUAUGAAAGUAAAUCGCAGUAUGAAUGAUGUUCAUCACAAGUUUGUUGAAGAUUGCACCAAAGCUAACAUCGGUCAUACUUCAACUUUCAACUUAUUAAAGGAGUUUUUUGGUGGUUAUGAUGUUGUUGGGUGUACGUUGAAUGAUGUUAGGAAUUGUUCUCGUGAUAUUAAAGAGAAACUGAAAGAAGUGGAUGUUCAAAUGAUCCUAAAUCAGAUGCAAGAGAAGAAGAGAAUUUGUGAAGCCUUUUUUUACAAAUAUCAAUUAUCACCUUAUGAUAAUAAGUUAGUGAGCUUAUUUUGGUCUGAUGCUGUGUCUCGGAAACAUUACCAUAUGUUUGGAGAUGUUGUAGCAUUUGAUACAACAUAUUCGACAAACAGGUAUCGUAUGGUGUUUGGUCCAUUUACUGGGAAAGACAAUCACGGGUGUCCUAUUGCAUUUGGAGCUGGUUUCGUAUGCAGUGAGAAUUGUGAUGCAUUCUCAUAG